GAGAAGUGGAUGUGGACUGGUCCAUCUGUAGUAAAGACUUAGAGGCACAGAUCUCCAACUAUGCAAGUGUGAAGCAUACUAGUAUGCGGUACUACACAGCUGAUAAAAAUGUUACCUGUAGAAAUUGUGAUAGACCGGGUCAUUUGUCCAAGAACUGUCCUACUGGAAAGAAAGUACCUCCCUGUUGCCUGUGUGCUGGAAGAGGUCAUCUACAAAACAGUUGCCCAGCACGUUUUUGUUUGAACUGUUGUUUGCCUGGCCACUAUUUCAAGGAAUGUCUUGAGAGAGCCUAUUGGAAUAAACAGUGCAAUCGCUGUGAUAUGAAGGGACAUUAUGCUGAUGCUUGCCCAGAAAUAUGGAGGCAGUAUCACCUAACAACAAAGCCAGGACCAAUCAAGACGGCCGCUUCUCAAUCUAAGCGCUCUGCUUUAGUGUACUGCUACAACUGUUCUCAGAAAGGACAUUUUGGAUAUGAGUGCUCAGAAAAGCGGAUGCAUGGCAGCAUGCUCCCUACUUCUCCAUUCAUCUACUAUUACGAUGAUGAAUAUGAAAUCAAGAGAAGAGAGAACAGAUUAAAAAGAAAGGUUACAGAACUACAGGAAGUCAGCUUUCUGCCAGAACAGUCAGAGACACCAUGGCAGGAAGAAAAACAUGGAGGGCACAGCCAUAAGAAAAAGAGCAAGCCUUGGAAAGAACAUGGGAAACAUAACAAAGAUGGCGAGUAUCACAAAAAGAUGAAGAUGUCCUGGGCAGAAAAACACAGAGAAGAGAAACACAGAAGUGAUGUUGAAACCAGCCAUUUGGAGGGGGACUUCCCUAGAGGGUGUAAAAGGCAGGCAUGUAAGGGCAGCAAAAUCUGUCACAAGCCCAUUUUCCAGGCAUUCUCAGGCACCAAGACUGCAUAUGUGCAGCAGCCUCUGGAAGGUGCUAAAAGGAAGAAGAAAUGGAAAAAACAGAAAGAUGCCAGUCCUGAUAUCAAUGAGAAUUUAUUCCUCAUAAAACAGAGGAAGAAGAAGUCCAAACAGAAAUCCUGGUGA